AUGCAAGAUCAGGAGGAGGUGGUGAAGAAACGGAGACACUGUGUCGCAAACUCUGCGAUUCUUGCUGCCCAGCUGGGUUGCCUCCUGACGCUGAAGUCUGGCGGGAACGGUCUUGCCCUCGGUCUGAGCGGGUUGCAGCUGGCGAGCAAGCUCGCUGUCCCUCCUCCUCCCUCUGUUGCUAGCGGGAAGCCGCUCUUGAAGGAUACCUGUGGGAGGGCGGGGAGUGAAGCGUCAACGGUCAUGUCAGCACGACGAUGUCCGCUAUUCCUCAGCACGAUAGGAUCUAGCAUCGAGGUCGCGAACCAGUACAUCAGAAAGAUGUAUCCGUCCGAAGAAGACAGCUGGAUACAAAUUCGUCGCUUCCAUAUCCUCCGCGAGGACUUCACUGAGCACAACGGCAUGCUGGUCCGGACCAAGGCGAUCAACCGACCGACGAUCCUGUCGAGGUACGAGCACAUAAUCGAGGACAUGUUCUCCGGGGACGAGGAGGAGGAUCGACUCGAGGAGCCGCUGGAAGGAAAGGAACUUGUCCGGCAGCAGGAGAUCUUCAGCGACAUCCUCGUCAAGAACGAGGUCAUGUCUCGCACGCACCAUCUCAGCAAGGGGCUGGAGGAGGCGGAAAGUCGCGCUCACAACUCAGAGGAGAAACAUCAAUGA